AUGGACCCACAACAGGCGCGGCCCAACGAUGACGGGUUCGGCGCCUACAUCAACGCAAUAGGGUGGUUGCUCUUGUCGCUGGCAGGCAUCGUGGUCGGCGCGAGGAUAUGGGCCAAGAUAUCCGCACGGAAGGGGCUCUGGUGGGAUGACUAUAUUGUGUUGGCAGCAUGGGUGAGCAUGAGCCCAUUCCAUACCACGGCCACUAUCAUCAUGCUCCUAGCAGACGUGAUCGUCACCACCGCGGCCGUUGACGCCGGCCUGGGCAAGCACAUCAACAGCGUGACAGGCGACACGCUCAUCCGGACGAUGCUCCUCAGCGCCGUGGCGCAGACACUGUCCAUCCUCGGAGCAGCCUGGUCCAAGAUCUCUUUCGCCGUGACGCUGCUGCGGCUGGCCGUCGUCUCGCACGUCCGCUACCUGGUCUGGUUCAUCAUCGUCUCGCUGAACAUCUUCUUGACCUUCGCCGCCUUCCUACCGCUGUUCCAGUGCACGCCGGUAGGGCGGAGCUUCGACCCGAACAUCGAGGGGAGGUGCUGGGACCGGACACUGGUGCUGGUGUUGACCGUCUUCGGCGCGGCAUACUCGGCGGCUGCGGACUUUGCGUUGGCGAUCAUCCCGUGGGUGCUCAUCUGGAACUUGCAGAUGAACCUAAAGGAGAAGAUUGGGGUGGGGAAUUUGUAUGAGCUUGGGCAUAGUAGCCGGCGCGACCUCCAUAAUGCGCUGCCUGAAAAUACCACUACUCCUAACCGACGACUUCACCUUCGAAUCAGGCCAGCUCUCAAUAUGGUCCGCCGCCGAGAUCGCAACGACGAUAAUGGCAACUUCGAUACCGUGCUGCGCCUGUGGCUCAAGACCGCCGUGAGCGUGCACUCGCGGUACCACCUCUCCUCCACGGACGGGACCUUCGACGGGCGCGGCGUCCUGAACCACCAGCAGCAGCAGCGCUCCAAGAUGAGCACCAUGGCGACCACCACCACCAUCACGAGCGGCGGCAACAGCAGCAACAUGGUCCGCAAGGCGAGCAGCAAGCGCGGGCGCGCCGCCAAGCUCGCGGACCUGGGCUGGGCCAGCCGCAGCAGCUCCGAGUCUGAGGACCUCGAGGGCUUCGGGUCGCCUGCGGACGGGAUCCGCGGCGGCGCGGCGGGUGGUAUUGUCAAGAUGGAGACGAUCACCGUGAAUUAUGAUAGGAGGACGUCUAGCAUGGUUGGCUAG